GGGGAGAACCUCCUUCCGUGUCUAUUUCUACAGAAGAGUUUUAGCUUUCUUUCGCAUAUUGAGGACAGUUCUGCUGGGUCCUUCUGAGGGUGGCCCUCCCAUGAAGUUGACAUAACCACACCUGGCCCCCACGCUCACCUGCACAGUUCUCUUGGGAGAUGAAGGUGCUUAGCCUCUAUCUACUCACAGUGACCAUUCUGCUUUGCUGUAACAUGGCUCGACCUGAAAUAAAGAAGAAGAACGUUUUUUCCAAACCUGGGUAUUGCCCAGAGUUUCGUGUCCCCUGCCCCUUUAUCCUUAUACCUAAAUGCAGGCGUGACAAAGGCUGCCCGGAUACCCUUAAGUGUUGCUUCUUCUACUGCCAGAUGCGCUGUGUGGAUCCAUGGGAGAGCCCAGAAUAGACAAACCUGAGCAGACACUUGUGAUUCCGUUUCAGUCGAGGAUAGCCGGCCUCUGUUUCCUCCUUGGAGAGGACCAUCCUGAAACCAAAGAUUAAGUGGUGGUUAAUAUGAGUAUAAAAUAAAGGAAUAAAGUGUUGUG